CGGACGCAGCGAUAGUCGAUCGACGAAUGAUUCCAGAACUCCUCCCGCCAAAGUGGAGCCGCGCCCUUUUUUCCAUUUUCCUCUCUGGUCUGCUUGGCCCUUGGGGGGUACCCUGUCGCUCUCUCUCUCUCUAAGAACCUGACGACGUCCUGACUAUAUCGAUUCGAUCAUUCCCUCCCUCUGGCAUCUUCACUCCACUUCCAACCUUUCCCUUUCCUCUCUCUCACUCUCUCCCACUCUCUUAACGUCAACUCUCUCUCUCUCUCUCUGUCCGCUUUUAACAUCAACCAUCCUUCCACCUCUCUCUCUAUUUUUCAACUCCUCAUUUCUCUCAUUCUCACUCUCCCCCUCUCGCCGUCUCUCCCAUGAGAUCCUACUCCACCCGCCUCCUCCCUCACCAAUAACCCUCCCUUCACCUUUCUCUCCGGUCCAAGCUGGAGUCUCGUCCAGCACCUAGGGGCGGACUGGUGAGAAAACGAUCCAAGUUCCACGACCCCCGCCGCACGCUCAGCGCGAUGCUCAAAAAGAAGUCCCUGGCGCCCGCCUUCUUCUGGAACUUCUCCCCAUCCACCACCCCCGAACUAUCCCCCACCUCGUCGGACAGCGACUCCGACGAGGAUAUGGAAUCAUCCGGCUCCCGACCGGUCAGCCUGGCCGUCUCGGCGGGAGCCUUCUGUCCCAUGCGACCGACCUUGAACGAGGUCCUGGCCAAUGCCGCCGCCCCGCCCUACACGCUAUCCGCCUUUAUGGCCUAUCUCUCACAGAAUCAUUGUCUCGAGACGCUCGAGUUCACCAUGGAGGCCAACCGCUAUCGAGAUACCUACGAAGCCUUCUCUGACCGUCUCGGUCCCGACGCUUUGCGUAACCCAGAUACGAGGGAGGCACAACACCUGCACAUGCUCUGGCAGCGGUUGAUGACGGCUUAUAUCUUGCCUGGUGCGCCGCGUGAGGUCAACUUGUCCAGUGAGGUUCGUGAUGGUCUUCUCCGCUACCGUGACGUGAUCGUCCCGCCCACCCCGGAUACGCUCGACUCUGCCGUGAAACGCAUCCACGACUUGAUGGAGGAGUCUAUCUUCCUGCCUUUCUUGAACAGCCAUACCACCUCGCCAUCCAUGCUGGCCCAAGCCGAUUACCCCUUUGGUCCAGACGACGCCAUGGACUUGUCAAGCCCAUCAUAUGAUGAGAACCCCGUCAAGCAUGUCCGCUCCCGCACCAAGCGUGUCUCACCGCAAUCGUCCACCAAGGACCUACCCGCCACUGCCGGCCGCUCCACCAUCUCACUCGGUGCCGUGCAUGCUCUCGGUAAGCGUGCGUCGGGCGCCCUACUCAGCACUUCCGGCGAGUCUGGCUCGCUCACACUCACGGACGACUCGAGUCCGCAAUCAAGCCCGACUGCCGAGGAGCCCAUGACUCCGCCAACCACGCCCCCUGCUAGCGAGCCACAUCUGCCUAUUCACAGUCCCAAGUUGCGUACCGACAACCCCUGGAAGAAGAUGGGCAUGAAGCUGGGCUUCAAGAAACGCUCUGGGGCUGGCAGUGGUGGCGCCUCGCGGGAUCCCAAGAUCCUGGGCCUGGACGACUGAAAAGCUUGCAUUCCUCCCCUUCUCUCUUUCCUAUCAUCUAUUUUCUCUUCUUACCGAUCCAUGACCACCACUUCAUAUCACGACACGACCACUCUUCUCAUACUCGACGACUCGAUACAUACUCCUUGUUUCUCAUCAUACUCUGUCAUCGAUCCUCAACCUCGCAUGAUCUUCUCAAAAACUCACACGUUGCAUACCUUGUCAUCUACCACAUCUCCACCCGAAGCGCAUCUCACACGACCUGAUCCCGGCCCGACUCGAAUCUCUUCUGUUAGCGUUCAUUGGCGGUGUAUGAGAGCACGAUGCAUAAAGCAUACGAACCCGGCGUUGUACUUUUUUUGUUUUGUUUCUAUCUUGUUUCUUUGCCUUGCACUGUCAGUGUCUCCUAGCGAGUACUGCGCACUUGAUGCAUGUCUCUUACCGAUCCGAUCCCCCCGCCUGGCAGUCCCGAGAUUCAGGAUCUCGCGGGCGUGAGCGAGGAGAUAUGGAUUGGGACAAAGACACCAACAUACCUUCAUGUUCCAUUUAUGUUUCACAUCACAUAUAGAAGACUGGAUGAGGCCCUUUUGGCGAGUCUGGCUGGCUUGGGCGUUAUUUUUUUUCAUGUCAUCCACGGUGCUACCCUUUUCGGGUCAUACCCUCUUCACUCAGGCACUUGCACGGUGGAUCUGUGUCGAUAGCUUGCUACGAUAGGAUGGUGCUUUUUUGGUUCAAUUAUCAAUAGACUUGAUACCCCGAUUC